AAUAAUGAGGUAUGCAGAACGACACAGGAAAUGAUGUCACGAGCCUGGUUAUGAGGAACUGGUUUAUACAAACAAGUAGGAUAAACAACACAUACCAGUCUAGCUAUUCAAAGAGAUCGCAGUCAACACAAAAAUGAUGAAAUGGAGGUUGCUGUCUGUUCUGCUUUUUGUCCUGUUCAUGACUGGAUUGUGUAAUGGGUGCCUAGGGCCAGGGGGAGAUUAUAGCUUCAGAUUACGCCUAACAGAAAAGUGUAUCGAAACUGAAAGAGGACGUGCCAAGAUCCCCUGUGCGUUUUCUGCGCCAAUGAGAGCGCUGUCCGGCCGACAGGUCUGGUUCAGAGGCAGUCCCGAAUUCCCCCUCAGCCCCGCCGAGGUGCAGAAGAAGCCUGGACUGAUGAGACCGAUGAUCUCCACGGAAUCAGAAUGCAGUGUUGUUUUGCGGAACACGCGGGACACCCCUGAGGAGUACGGCUUCAUGUUAGAAUGGGGAGCGAACGAAAGACACAUUUUUCCUGAUAGGGUUAAAGUGUCCCCAUGUCUUGUGAAAGUGGAGCUGACUCCAAGCACUUACUCGGCGAACCUUCUAGCUGGAAAGGAGACUUUUUUAAACUGUAGCCUUUCGAAGCACUGCCCUGGUAUUGAUCCAAAAAUAACCUGGAAAGGGUUCAUCUCAACACCAAUAUUAAUGCAAAAAUCUAAAAAAGAAAUGCAUGAAUAUUCAGGGUAUUCUGAAAGGCUCCUUUAUACGCCUGUACCUGAGGAUCAUCAAGCAGAGAUCACAUGUGAAGCAAUGUUUGGGAACAAUCAGAGUGCAAGUGCUAAAACAGUUUUGACGGUUCACUAUCAUCCUCAGAUACUGACCAGCUCUGCAUGCUCUCUGCAACAGGAUCAGCUCACUUGUGUGUGUGUCAGUCAAGGAGUGCCUUCGCCUGAUAUUCACUGGCCUCUGCUACAAAACAAACCGCAUCUUACUGAAAGCAGCGCAUCAUAUGUCACUGUAAGGAGCACCUUCACAAUGACUGUUGUGAACUUCACAAGUAACAGCACUGUCAUGUGUGUCAGCAGAAACUACCUUGGUCAGACAAAUAUGACUCUUCCAGUCAACAUCACUGAAGGUUUUACAAAUGCAUAUAAGUGGACAAUCAAUGGCCUGCUGAUUGCAUUAUUCAUUAUACUGGCAUUCUGUGUGAUUUGUUUUUGGAUUAAAGCUAAAUACCUAAAACUAACAGAGGUGCCCUACAGCUCACUGGAAAAGACAGCAGAGACAAUGAACACUGAAAACAACAUAAAAACACCAUGAACACUCGAA